CUCAAACACUCUCUUGUGACAGGCACAGCUCCAGAUGUUCAGAGCUCAGUGGAUGUUUGAACUUACCCCAGGUGUAGGUUCCAGUAAUUCAGAAACCCGGCCCUGCAGAGCAGGAAGAGGCUCCAUCCUGAAAGCAGCUGCAGACACCAAAGGAAGGCAGGAGCUGGCAAAGGAGGAAAAGGCUCGAGAACUCUUUCUGAAAGCAGUAGAAGAAGAACAAAAUGGAGCUCUCUAUGAAGCCAUCAAGUUCUACCGUAGGGCUAUGCAGCUUGUACCUGAUAUUGAGUUCAAGAUUACUUAUACCCGGGCUCCAGAUGGUGAUGGCGUUGGAAACAGCUACAUUGAAGACAACGAUGACGACAGCAAGGUGGCAGAUCUCCUGUCAUACUUCCAGCAGCAGCUCACACUUCAGGAGUCUGUGCUCAAGCUGUGUCAGCCUGAGCUGGAGACCAGUCAGACUCACAUCUCAGUUCUGCCUAUGGAGGUCCUGAUGUACAUCUUCCGAUGGGUGGUAUCAAGUGACUUGGACCUCAGAUCGUUAGAGCAGCUGUCAUUGGUGUGCAGAGGAUUCUAUAUCUGUGCCAGAGACCCUGAAAUAUGGCGUCUGGCUUGCUUGAAAGUGUGGGGCAGAAGCUGCAUGAAACUUGUCCCAUACUCAUCCUGGAGAGAGAUGUUUUUAGAACGGCCUCGUGUUCGGUUUGAUGGAGUGUAUAUCAGUAAAACCACAUAUAUUCGCCAGGGAGAGCAGUCUCUUGAUGGUUUCUAUAGAGCCUGGCACCAAGUGGAAUAUUACAGAUACAUAAGAUUCUUUCCUGAUGGCCAUGUGAUGAUGUUGACAACCCCUGAGGAGCCUCCGUCCAUUGUUCCCCGUUUAAGAACCAGGAACACCAGAACGGAUGCAAUUCUGCUGGGUCAUUAUCGCUUGUCACAAGAUGCAGACAAUCAGACCAAAGUAUUUGCUGUAAUAACUAAGAAAAAAGAAGAGAAGCCACUUGACUAUAAAUACAGAUAUUUCCGUCGUGUUCCCGUACAAGAAGCAGAUCACAAUUUUCACGUGGGGCUGCAGCUGUGUUCCAGUGGCCACCAGAGGUUCAACAAACUCAUCUGGAUCCACCAUUCUUGUCACAUUACUUACAAAUCGACUGGCGAGACUGCAGUCAGUGCUUUUGAGAUCGACAAGAUGUACACCCCCUUGUUCUUCGCCAGAGUGAGGAGCUACACUGCGUUCUCAGAAAGGCCCCUGUAGAGCCUUGCCAGCAUGCCACUGCUGCAUGAGCGGAAGCAUAGAGCGCCAGAAUGCCUAAGUUAUAUGUACAUACACAUACAUGUAUAUAUACAUACAUAUAUACACAUAUGGAGUUGGAACUUUAAGUUGUUGGAAUUACUUUAAGAAGAAUAUAAAUUAUUUUUUUUAUUUAAAGGGGUAGUUGAUUCUUGGGGUCCUUUGUUUUGAAAUUAGAAGUUGUUUAGCACACUUUGUUGUAGUAAACCUUGCUGUGGGGUUUAAAUCAUGUUUCAAGCAGGUUUCUGAGCAGAUCUGUACGUGCACUGCCUUGUGCCUGAGCACCCUCAUCCUCAUACAUCAGGGAGCACACUGGAUAGUAUUUAUUCCCGCAUGACUUAGUGUCUCUGCAUCAGACUCAAAUGUGAAGCCUGUUCUGGAUUUGUUUGAAACUGUUCAAUAAAGAUCAUAAAUAAAUGUUUCUCUCAAGGAAA